UGAAGUCUUGUGAUGUGAAUUGUGUUGAAGCUUCAGGCGACUGAUGUGUAACACUAAUGUGUUCACUGGAGACGCCUCUGUACGCUAUGUACUAACUACGCUCUGAGUGGACCAUGUUUGGUCCACAAUCCCAUGUUCAGCAGAGCUUCAGUCCAUCUUAACUCCAGCGUCCUCCCACCAUCACCAUGGAUGCUGACCAGCCACCCAGCCCUCUUCCCCAGCCCAGUGCACAAUAUUUCCAAUGGGACUAUCGCCUCCAGGUUAUUAGCCUGGGAUUCGGAUUCUACGCAGCAGCAUUCCUCCUCUCCCACCUCCUCUCUGCGGCUCUGUCCAGCACCUACAAGUCCCUGCUAUCUAAGGAGAAAGUCUUCUGGAACCUUGCAGCCACUCGGGCCGUGUUUGGCAUCCAGAGUUCUGUAGCAGGCCUCCGGGCGCUGACGGAGAACUCUGUGUUGGCCAGAGACAGAGUGACAGGUCAGGAGGACUGGUCGUGGUUCACUAUCCUAACAGCCACGGGCUUCUUCGUGUUUGAGAAUAUGGCACUUCACGUCUCCAGUGUGGUGUUUUGGUCGUUUGACGUCCCACUGGCGACGCACCAUUUCUUCGCCCUCGCGGGGUAUGCAGGGGCGGUUGUGUGGGAUUUCACUGGUCACUACCUGCCCAUGGUUACUCUGCUGCUGGAGAUGAGCACACCGUUUACCUGUGUAUCCUGGAUGUUACUGAAGGCUGGCUGGGCACGCACUCUGAUCUGGAGAGCCAACCAGUGGGUGAUGAUCCAUAUGUUCCACUGUCGCAUGGUCCUCACCUACUACAUGUGGUGGAUAACUUUCACCCACUGGAGUGACAUCAAUGCUCACAUGGCCCUAGCCCAUCGGCUGCUCUUCUACACUGGCCUCGCUCUGCUCACAGUGGUCCUCAACCCCAUGUGGACACACAAGAAGACCAUGCAGCUACUCAACCCCGUGGACUGGAACUUUGGCAACAAGUCGGUUCCUCUGAAUGGUGCCGUACGCGGCCAAACUGGAGUUAGACCUGUUAAGCCUCAUGCAAGCUGAGGGCCACCAACAAGGUCAUUUCUUAUCAGACUGAUGCCAUAUUUGCUUUUAAUUGUUUGUCGUUCAGAAUUGACGUGUGAACUGACUGACUGUAGCCUUUUUACAAUACAAUAGGACGUCAAGUCCUCGACCUCUUUGCUCCUAGAUACACAUUCCCUCCCAUCAGGUUUUACAUUCAAGCAGUGCAGUGUUUUUUUUUUUUUUUUAAUUGUGUGAAGGAAUGAAUAUUUAUUUAACCCGUUUUUACCUCUUAGCAGUGUGGCUGUGUAACAGUGUGAAAUGGGGCACUGCAUUUGUCAAAUUCAGGACAGUGUGUUGUGAAACAUCCAGUCUGGUCGGUUCAUUUACAGAGGGGGAAGAAUAGAAAGUGCCCUGACUGAGAGAACAUACCACUGUGACACCAACAGUCAAAUCUGAAUUGUUUGUUCUUGUUCCACGUGAUUUGAAAAAUUCACAAAAAUAUGUAGUGUUUAAAGAAGUGAAAAAAAUAUCCACUUUGUCAUUUCGAGGGCUCAUAUUUUGGGCCGUAGCCUACCCCCCCCCAAGAUAGUGAAGUAGCUCUUACCUAAUCCUGCUAAAACAUACAUCCUUGUAUGUUGUAAGAGCCAUUCACACACACACACACACAGACAUGAAAAUCUAAAUCGUGGAAGUGAGAUGAAAAAUCAGCUUGAAACAUUUGUAAGAUUUGGUGAAGCUACGUAACGAGUACAGUAUUUAAAUAUUUCUAUCCUGUCAUGUUGGAGUGGGUUUUUGCGCUGCUGCUGCUGCUGCGGCGGCGUCUCUCCGUUAAGCAGAAGAAGACGAGUAGUAUCAUGUUGUGUCUUGCUUCUCAUCACUAGUUUAAAAAAAAAAAGCCAAGUAGUAUAGUCACAACAAGAAUGUGGUCUUUGUCACCCGUAGAGCCAGUUGUGCUUUUACAACAGACAUAAUUGUAUUAUCAGCACAUGAGUUGCAGUUAAAACAUCUACUUCUGAAGGUCUCUCACUGGAGAGUUGUGGAUAAUUAAAUCUGUCAAGUCGUCAUGGUUCAGGUUAAUAUGGACUGGAUCCUCUUUCUGAUCCUUUUACCUUUUAUCACUCACAUUUCCCAGAGUCUAAGCUGUAGCAGUAUUUCUACCAUACCAUACCUCCAUAAUUAGUUAUGCUAAUUUAGUUAUGUAGGUUUAGUUUUGUUUUUAUGUGUGGAUUUAUAACUUAAAAGAAAGAAGAAGAAGAAAAAGGAGGAGGAAAUGGUAAAUGAUGGAUGCCAUCAGUGUUUAAAAAAACAACAAAAACCAAAGAAGUGCUAUAGCAUUUGAAAAUAUUUUAUCUUCAUCAGUUAAUAAACAGAAAUACAAUAUGGUUUUUUUUCUCUUACUGUACAUGAAAUUACUAACAUCAGAGAUUGUUGUAUUUCCUUUUUGAAUAACACUGCAUUGUAACAUUGCACAGUAGGUGGAGAACAAACUGUCUGUUCACAUUGUGUUUUUGUUGGGGAGUACUUUGAUUUGAUUUGAAUACUAAAAAUGGUUUACUCACACAAUA